CUAGAACGCCACCACGGACCAGCUUCUCCAGAUGCUCGCUGGUAGAUGCUACCAUCAAUGUGAACCCCCUGUCCGACGAUGUUGACUCUCUUGGUAAGCUCGUAUACUGUCGAGUUCCUAUAAAGUAGCUUUCCCAGUACCUGAUCAUGUCUUUUCUUCUUCACCCACACUCACUACACUAAUAUACCGGAUAUAUCCGAUUUCACUCGUUUCUACGACCUCCAACGCCCGUACUUCAUACCAACGUACUUAAUACCAACCCCUACAAUCAGAAUGCGUUCCUUCGCCGUCAUUGCCGCCAUCAGCGCCAUUGGUGCCCAGGCCCUUCCUGAGUACUACGCAGCUGAGUCCUCGACUCCCGCCUACGAGACCACUCCCGCCUACGCUGCGUCCACUCCCGCCUACGUCGCUUCCACCCCUGCCUACCCCGUUGCCUCCAGCAGCGUUAAGUACGAGGAGUACCCCGCCAGCUCCAGCCCAGCUUACGCUGCCUCUACCCCUGUCUACUCCGCUGGUUACCCUGUCUCCUCUGCCCCCGGCUACCCUGUCGCCUCUUCCAGCGUCAAGUACGAGGAGUACCCCGUCACCUCCACCAAGGUCGUUAAGGAGACUACCUUCGUCUGCGCUACUCCUACCGUUGUUACCUACGAGGAGAAGACCUACUCGGUCACCAAGGCCACUACUCUGACCGUCUCCUCCUACACCACCACCGUUGUCAAGACCACCAAGACCCCCGAGGCCGAGAAGCCCUCUAGCAAGCCCCAGACUCCCGUCUACAGUGCCUCCAUCCCCCCGGUCGCUCCCUCCCACGCCCCCUACCCCAGCAAGAACGCCACCGUUCCCCACUCUGCUCCUCAGGGAACUGCCACUGGCUACCCUACCAGCACCAAGCCCUCUACCCCUGAGUUCACUGGCGCUGCUGCCCAGGCUGGUGUUGGCCUUCUCGCCGUUGUCGGUGCCCUCGCUGCUUUCUUGUAAGCAGUUCAAGAUGCUUGUUUGAUCUGCUGAGUUGAGCUUGCUCCACUCUCCAGUCUCUCAGAUUCGUGGUAAAGGGGAAGGAAACGCCAUCUUACGGGUAACGACUUCGACUCUGCAUCAUGAUACCCUCCUGCAUUGCUUGGUGCAUUGCGAUGGGAGUUCGAGGUCAUCCACGAUUCCUUGCGCACACGCCGCAGCAGUAUUUCGAUUGUAUACUUUGGCUUUAUAAUACGCUUUGGUCUAAGGGCUACUUUAUGGAGGAUCUAGUGUGUGGGACGAUGGGAUUCAUGUUCUCAGACUUCUGGCCGCUGGGAGAGAGUCGACAAGCUAAUUGACAUGGUUCCAUCUUUACAUCUUGGGUGUGCUCUGUGGCUUUCUGUGACAGGCGGCGCAUGAUGCCAUUUCAAGACCUGGAGUUUAAUAGGCUGGUUGGGAUGAUACCACUGGCGAUUUGGAUAGAAUUGCUAUCAAAGACUUUUUUUCGCAUCAGUACACGGCC